GUUUAUAGAUUGCGCCAUAUAAUUUGAAAGCACCGUUCUAGAAGCUACAGCUAUGGUUUAGCGCGGGAAUAGCUAACAGAGAGAACACAAUCCACUAAUGGCUGAUUCCACUCCGACUGCAACUCCUUCAAACGACACCAAAUCAUGCUUUUUCCGACGAACGGUCACUUUAUAUGAUUGGUGGUUGGUUAAAGCCAAAGACGACUUCCAAGGAAAGCGUUUAGCCAUCGCUGGCGUCUCAUCGAGAAAGGAUGAGGCAAUGCGCGUGUUUGUUUCUUCUCCCAUUAUCAAAAGAUACGACGAGUUUUCUCUCGAGACUGUCGAUGGGAUAUAUGUCAUAAUUAGUGGCUUCAUCAACGAGCAGCGCACUAUUGAAAACGGUUUCAACCCUCAGGUUUUCAACCGAUUUCUAUUUGGCUUCCCUCCAGACUGGGAAAGCCAUGCUCUAGAUUUCUCCAGAAAGGAAUCAAUCACUGGCAAUGAUUUGGGUAGUGCUUUUCUUGAUGAUGUACCAGCUAGCUGUCCAGAAAUUUUAUCUAAUGGUGCAGAAGAGUGCACUCGUACAUCUUUGAUAUCGCCAGAGGAGGCACCGGGAGAUCACGGAAAGCUAUUCCCUGGAUCUGAUUGCAAUGUGUCAAAGGGGAUAGAUGGGGUUAAUCUUUUUUGUAGUGAUGGUGGGAAAAGACGUAGUGCCAGGUUGCAUGAUAUUAAAGCAUGCCUGCAGAGGAAGCAGGCUGCUUCUGGAGGUAUUUCAAUGGCCUCUGAGAGUUGUGAUGUAGAGGGAUCGAGAAGUCCGACAACACCCAUACAGUCACAAACAAGGAGUGAAUAUUCAGUCGAUGAUUUUGCAAUCGUAGGUGUGGAAAAUUCUAUUCCUACUUUUUUGGCAUCACCGGAGAAGGUGCAGGGUGAUCAGGAAAAGGCAUUCCCUGAAAAUGAAUGCAAUGUGUCAGAGGAUGUGGAUGGUGUUAAUGUUGCUUGUAGUAGAGGUAGGGAAAGACGAAGUGCCAAGUUGCAUGAUGUUGAAGUAUUCCAGCGGAAGAAACAGUCUGCUUCUGGAUUGCCUCCGAAGAAUCCAAAUAAUAAGAACCAUACUUCAGUAGCGGCCUUGGAUAAUUGUAAUGUAGUGGAACCGAAAAGUCCAGAAACACCUAUUCAGUCACAAUCAUGGAGACAACUAUGCACAUCAUCUGAACAGAUAGUUACAAAAUCUGCAUCCAUAAUUUCUAGAACAUUGUCACCAAAGACCGAAGGCUGUCAUAAGAAAAAAGUGGGCAGGUCUAAGGGAACACUGAAUAAAUCUGCUUCUGCUGGGAAAAAUUCGCGAUUAAGAGAUCGAAGUCAAUUGACCAAGGGAAAAAUUCGCACAUCAUCUGAACAGAUAGUUACAAAAUCUGCAUCCAUAAUUUCUAGAACAUUGUCACCAAAGACCGAAGGCUGUCAUAAGAAAAAAGUGGGCAGGUCUAAGGGAACACUGAAUAAAUCUGCUUCUGCUGGGAAAAAUUCGCGAUUAAGAGAUCGAAGUCAAUUGACCAAGGGAAGUGGACAGAAAAAAUCCACUGUUUCUCCUGAGUUAUCGAGUUUCAGAACAUCCAGAUCUGGCAGGUUGCUUUUACCUCCCUUAGAAUUUUGGCGCAAUCAAAUACCAAUAUAUGACGCGGAUCACGAGCUUAAAGAAAUUAAGGAUGGUGCCUCUCUGAUAUCACCUUGUAGGGUUUCUUCACCAUCAUCGAGCAGGUUGUUGAGCUUGGGUAUCUGCUGUACUCAACCAGUUCUACUAUCUAAUCUGGUAGGACUUCGCACUGUAAAACAAAGGUUCUGCAAAGAUUGCAACAACAAUGAAAGUUGGUGUUAUUGGUUGUAGGAGUUCGCAGUGAGAGCCUCCUAUGUUGACAGUUCUGCUACCAAAUUUAUUAUUAAACUUAAUAAUUUCAUAGAUCAAUUAGGUAGAUUAUACACAGAAGUUCCAGCACUUAUUUAGGAAACAAAAAACAUCUUAUUCUUAGCAAACAUCCCUUGAUUAAUUCUCCUGGCCUGCUUUUCUGUAACCAGAAAAAUCUAUUUGAUAUUUGUGAUGGAAGUGUAGUAUCAUUAGAUGCCCCCAGAUUUUUCAUGCUCCAGAAUCCAAAUGUAAGCCCACAGGCACGUCUACGACUUAAAUAAAGGACCUUUACGAUUCCUGAAUUUGAACCAUCAGCAAUAAUGCUUCAUAUUUUUAUUAUGAUCAUUCACCAGUAAAACCCAUAUGCUGAUCUUAAAACAGACACCGGAAAUAAAUAUUCCGGAUAAAUCUUGUUGUACUGUUUUGGGUAUUCAUGUGUCCCUGAAUAAUGAAUUGUAACUUGCAAUUACGUCGACUUAUAUUCCUUCAUAAUAUUUCAAUAUGAUUAUAUUUUACCUCUAUACAUAUUAAAUAUUUUAUUCUGUCUCCAUGGUAUUAGAGUAGGCUGAGAAAGUGAGUUUAUGUUUUAUUUAGUCCCCAAAACACGGACUUAUUUGUAUCCCAUUUGUAGUCUAUUGAGCCAUAUCCCUAGUUGAUAUGGAACUAAAUCACCCAUCCUUGAAGUGAGAAUUCAAGUAGACUCUAAAGAUACUGCAACUUAGGGAUAACUUUCUAAUACUUCUCAUGUCCAAGGCAUGAAGCAUGACAAAUGCAGCAAUUACUUGGAUUCUACUGUCAUCUUAAAAAGUAGGUUUAAAUUUCAUACACACAUACUAUUCCAUAUCAUUGAAGUUGUCAUUUGAACAACCCACAAACAGUAACAUUGGCGGAGCUAUAGGUUGGCUUAGUGGUAAAGUUGGAAAAGAGUUUGGUUUGAAACUAUAAGGUUGGUUUGAAGGGUUUAGAAGGGAGGGUGGGAGAGAUUGUGUGAUGAACUCCCACACUAAUAAAAUACUAACAACUAACAUUUUCCGAUAAAAAAGAAAAAAAGCAGUAACGUUGGUUGGCCGAAUAGGACGAUUGCAAAUAAGGUGACUUUAUAAUAAGUAGGGUUUAACAAUAAAAAGCGUGCAGCGUGAUGUGGGAAAGGGAGUUAAAGGCCUGAUUCAUGGUAUGGAUUCUUUUUGUGAAUGGUCCCUCAUCUUUGGUUGUGGUUUUUUGAUCAUUGUUUUGGUAAUUAGAUUCAUGUACAGUGGUUUAUAAUACCACGAUUAGGUUGAAUACCUCGUGGAUAUUUCUUAAACUCGUUAAGAUUUCUUUGAACUUUGAUGAA